AUGACGUCAAUCACAUCAAUCACAUCUCUCUGCUCGUCUGUGGCCAAUCGCGCCGCGGCGACUGCGACAGAGGUGGAAGAAGCGUAUGGGCUUCACACUGGCGAUGAACAGUGGGCGGACGUGGAGAAGUUGGGCCAAAAUCUCAAAGGGGUCAGCGAGGAGGCAACCAAUCUGGAAAGAAGUCUCGAGAGGUCCACCGCCGUGUCGAUUACGGCUCGCUCGGAGAUCCUCAACCAGCUGCAGGAGUUUGAGCGCGCACUAGCUGCCAUAGACAAACAGGCACGCCGCCUUGGUUCUGUCCAAUCGCAGGAGCUAGAUGUGUCAGUGGUAGAAGAGCUUCUGUCUUGUCUAAAGACGGAAUUAGCUCUGUUAGGUCUCUUCCAGGGACUGCUGGAGGUGCAGUCUGUGAGGGACCAAGACGCCAUCUUGAACGCAGCGAGUGCGCGAGAUCUCCUCAGCGAGGCCUCACACACGAGAACGAUGGUCUUGCAGCGCAGAGACAUCAUCCGGACCAAGACAUCCACCAGCGCCGACCUUCCGCCUCAAUACUCCAGCACACAGUCUGCAGGCUCCUCGUCACAAGGUGCAUCGGGAUCUGGCUUUCUGUCAAGUCUUGCAAACACCUGGAAUGCAGUCACCUCCGCGAUGCGCCUCAAGCCCGAGCCACUCGUGUCCCCUCUCUGCCAGGCGACGCUACACGGCGACACAGGGCUGAUCAAGGGCCUCCUGUCACAGGGAGCAAACAUCAACGGCAAGAACGAGGACGGCAAGACAGCACUAUUCUGUGCCAUCGACAGCAAGCGGGUGGACAUGAUAGAAUUCAUCAUCGAGCAGGGCGCAAACCUUACCACCAGGGCGAAGAAUCUACCGCCGCUCUUCUAUGCGGCUCAGGCUGGCGAUCUGGCUGUCCUCGAGACCCUCCUCCAGCACGGGGCGGAUCCCAACGAGGCGAACAUCAUCGGCCGCCAGUACUUCAUCGAGGUCAUUGACAGGGGCAACGUGGACGUGAUCCGUCUCCUGCUCGACCACGGCGCAAAUCUUCACGCGCGGGAUAUCACCGGCCGCGGCAUCCUCAUCCAGGCUCUACAGGGAGCGAGCCUGGAGGUGGUACGGCUCCUGCUCGAGCGCGGGUCCGAUGCCAACGAGCGGGACAUCACGGGCAGGACCGCGCUCGUGGAGGCCAUCCUCCAGCACGGAAACACGCUCCCGCUAGUGAAGCUGCUGUUGGACAAAGGCGCCGACCCGAAUGUGCGGGACAUCACCAGCCUGCCGAUCUUCAGCUACGUCCUCGACAUGCAAAACAUCCCCCUCGCCCGGCUCAUGCUCGAGCACGGCGCCGACCCCAACGCCAAGGACCUCGUCGGCCAGUCGAUGUUCAACAAGGUCGUCGAGGCCGGCAACAAGGAGUUGGCGAGGGUUCUGCUGGACUACGCGGCGGACACGUCGGGCCUGGAUGCCAAGACGCUGCAGAGCAUACGGCUCUAUGGCUCGAGUACAUCAAGAGCAAGAGAAGAGAGCUCACGCGCCGCGCCGCGCGAGGAGCCGCCGGCUGCCGCAACAGGAUCGGAUGCUCCGCCUGACUACGAAAGUGUCAUGGAGGCCGGAAAGGGGCCGGUUGCAAGUGUUGCGGGUGGCAAGCACGCUUGA